UAAUUUACACUUAAGUUUAGGGACUACGGAGGCAUAUCAAGCAUCUGUUGUUUAACCCAGGCAAAACCCUGUGCUUUUGGGCUCUCAACAGACAAACAAUGGCUGUAAAUUUGACAUCGAAAUCUGCUUUAAUUGGGGUGGGUGGAGGACCCUUCAAUCAUUCUUUCUCAUCCAAGAACUCCAACCUUGGAAUUAAAGAUCAAGUCUACAAAUUUGCUCACUUUCAGCCAUUUCAUCUCAAUCUCACUUUCAAUCGUUCAGCAAAGCUGCGUACUUUGCCUCAAAUUAGAGCUCAAACUGUUUCAGAGUAUGUUCCAGAAACCAAGUUUUACAAAGUGGAGGCAAUUCUCAGACCCUGGAGAAUCCCCAAGGUUUCUGCGGCUUUGCUGAAGAUGGGCAUUCGCGGUGUCACGGUUUCUGAUGUUCGAGGUUUUGGAGCACAAGGGGGAGUUGCAGAAAGACAUGCUGGAUCUGAAUUUUCUGAGGAUAAGUUUGUAAACAAGGUUAAGAUGGAAAUAGUGGUCAGCAAAGAUCAGGUUGAUCCAAUUGUAGACUUGAUAAUACAGGAAGCAAGGACUGGUGAAAUUGGUGAUGGAAAAAUUUUCGUGCUGCCUGUUUCUGACAUCAUAAGAGUACGCACUGGUGAGCGGGGAGAAGAAGCAGAGAGGAUGUCCGGAGGACGGCAUGACAUGACAAAUCAGAACAAGGUUUAGAAAGUUUGGGGAUCUGCCUUUGGGCAAAACAUUGACAAGUCCUGCCAAGUUUUUGUAACUCUACCCAAAUUUUCUAACUUUCUUGAAAUGUCAAUGAUUAAAGUUUGCAAUUAAGAUAUUAUGAUUGGCAUUUAGCUUGUGCUUCCUCCUUUUUUUUUAAUUGCACCAUUUCCAAUUCCGGUUAAGGA